AGAAUGAUGAGGGCAAGUCCUAUUGAGGAAGACAUUGAGCUUGUCAAAGAGUACCUUCAGGAACCCAAUACACAGAUUAGUUGUGAAAAACUUUUUCAACAGUUAACACUUCAAAGGUUGGGUGAAUUAUUGUUUGUGGAAGACCAGAAUCAGAGACAAGAGAACGUCCUCAUUUUGAGCAGUGCCUGGAAGCAAGUGUUAGGUUAUCCAGUUACACUACAACAGUUAAACUCGAAGGAAGGUAUUUAUUUGAUAAGACAAGGCCUCCUAUCGGAGCAGUAUGAGACACAGAAAGUAUGCUGCAUGGCUGUGGAAAAGUUGGCGUUAUGGAAUCCUGUCAGUAUUGAAACUCUCAAGGAACAGAAAAUUAUCGAUAGAAUGUUGGAGCUUAUUCGAGAUGAGGACCUCGAAUUAUUGAAACAGUUGAAAAGUGCAAUUCUUUGUGUCUUUAGGAUGGCUUCCCAAGUCACCUGUGAAUAUGUUGCUUCCAAGUUGGAACUUUGUGCCAGGGGAGGGAAUGGAGUGAAUACAACUACUAGAACUCGAGCUUUACAGUUGCUGAUUGAUUGGCUAGUACAAUUCUCGAAUCCUACGCUGGCAGUUAGUGUAUGUUCUAUUCUGGUGGAACAACUACAGUCUUCUUCGGAUGUGCUCUUCCAACUAAAUAUCUUGGAAUUAUUAGCGACUUUUGUCUCUGUAGAAAAUGCAUCUUCGUAUGUGACAAAUAGUGGAGUUCUUUCAACGUUAUAUUCGUUUUUAUCGGGUGACUGCGCACAUAUGGAUAAUCUGCAGCUUCGAUUACUUCAAAGUGCUAUCCUCAAGUGGAUUGCUCGAGUCGCUAGUUUGGAGAAGGUGGAACAACUGGUGCUAAUUAAACCCUUUUUGCCUUUGCUAGGCCAGUUAAUUGAUAAUAGAGAGGAUCUUGACAAACGCGAAUCAGCAUACUAUGCACUUAGUGCCAUCGCCAGCACUCGUAAAGGAUUGGAAAUGGUUUGGAACAAGGAAUUAUUUAUUUCGGUUUUGGCUGGUUUGGAUACUCCAGAGGAACGAAUUCGUACAGCUUGUUUAUAUUGUAUAGCGUCUUUAUUGAAUAGUUCGGAUGAGACUAGUUCAAAGCAACUAUUUGAAAUGUACCGCAAGGGUCCUUUAUUGGAAACUUUAUUUUCCUUGGCACAUCAACCAUUUCUUUCUCAGUCCAUUGCUGUGUUUAUCGUACUUGAAGCUAUAGCAGAAAAGGAUUGGGGCUUACGUAAAAUAGCUUCAACCGCAGGAGUAGUGGAUAUUAUUGUGAAUGAUGUGGUAGACAACAAACCUCUGUUGGACGCCAAGCAAAGACUUGCCAGCACUUUGAUAAGACAAGAAUCUGUUUCUAGUAUAUUAUUUGGAGAUGCACGUUAUCUUAAGUUGAAAGACUUUGCGAAUAGGUUUGCUAUAGGUAGUGGUCAGUCGAGGAGACUAAUGAGAGAUCCUCAAGUCGAUAUUGCGACUAUGAGACAGUGAUAGAGAAAUAAACAAAAUGAGUUUUAG